AUGGAGCAUAAACUUGCAACUGCUGAGCGAAAAGUGCUUGUAGAGCUGGUGAAGCUAGUGCAGAAGCGAGGCUUGGAAGGCGAAAAGGGAGGAUGGAAGGAAUUUCUAAAUUCUUACGACAAAAAAAUCGGAUCGAGUUUGAGUGAUCCUUCGAGGCGCACCAGUGAUGUAUUGGUCGCUUUUCUCUCGACAUUCAAAAAGAAAGAAGACGUGCAGCUAUUGGCGAGGGUUCUGCAAUGUGAUGCCAAUCGUAAUCUGAUUGUGAAAUUCAAGGAAGAAUCUCCAGAUAAAGAGACUCCUGAGCAGAGGUUAGUCCGAAUGACUAUUGCACAUGAUAAGUACCCAGGAUUAUAUGCGUUCCCUUCCUAUGCUCAGGAUUGGUUUGUAACGGAGAAUGGAAAGAAGAAGUCAAAAGUGAUGAAAUCGACAAGAAUGCUUGCUAUUGAUUGUGAGAUGGUUACCUGUGAAGAUGGCAGUGAAGCUGUAGUUAGAGUUGCCGCUGUUGACCGUGAUUUAAAGGUGGUUCUUGACAAAUAUGUGAAACCGAGCCUACCCGUUGUUAAUUAUAAAACGGAAAUCACUGGAGUUACUGCAGAGGAUGUUGAGAAAGCGACUCUAUCUGUAGCAGAUAUACAGAAGAAACUGCGGAGGUUUCUUACUGCUGGAACUAUUUUGGUAGGCCACGGGUUGAACAAUGAUCUUCAAGUGCUGAAGAUAGAUCAUGCGAGAGUGAUAGAUACUGCGAUGGUAUUUCAGUAUGCCGGUCCAGCAACUACUAAAUUUCCUUCUUUGAAUCAUAUAUGCAAGACUGUUUUGGGCCAGGAGGUGCGAAUGGUGGGUUCUACUCAUAAUUGCGUUCACGACGCAGCAGCUGCGAUGAAAAUUGUACUCGCUGUUGUCGAAAAAGGUGUAGACACCACGGUUCCACGACCUGAUGAAAUGUUGGAGGCUGAGAAGAUAUUGCUGGAGGAGAAGAAGGCACAACUCCUCCUUCAUAAAAUCCCUCACACUGUUCCCUCUCAAGAGUUACAAAGAGUUAUUACCGGGGAUUUCACACUCGAUGUUAAGACACCAAAAAAGCCAGGAGGUUAUUAUAACACAGUCGUUGUGUUUAAGAGUCAAGAAGAAGCAAAUCAAGCAUUUGAAAACGUUGAUGGAGACGUUGCUAAGGAUACAACGGGUUUGCCACAAAAAUUGAUUGAGUUUAAGCUGAGUUCUGGAUCAGCAGCUAGUCUAUACGUUCGUAAAAUGGUUCAAGACGGUGAUGUCUCUACAAAGAAGAGAAGUAACACAGAGGAGACGACCAAUGUGAGUUCUAAGAGACGGAAGAGAGACGAUGAUUCUGAGGAGACGACCAUCGAAGGAAAUGUAAACCAUCGCAGACAAGAGAGCGUUUGUGAGGAUCAUUUGAAGGAAAUUGAAGAACUAAAGGAGAAACUCAAAGCUAAGGACAUUGUGAAGAGCAGCGAAGAUCAUUUAAAGGAAAUUGAAGAACUGAAGAAGAAACUCAAAGCUAAGGAGUUCGAGGUUCAGGCUCAGGAUAAGAUUAUAACUAGCCUCAAGAAGAAACUAGAGAAGAAACAGUCAAAGACUCGCUCAUGA